AUGGCGCCUGGUAACACAGCGAUGUGUCAUUUCGGAGACGGCGCUUGAGUGCAUGUAUACAGAAAAAGUCGGAUCGGAUCAAGAAAACAACCACUGCCUCUGUUGUGAUGUUUAAUCGGUCUUGAGUCGUUAUCUCCAGAUACUGCGGAUCACCGUAAACCUUACAUGUGACUCCUAAAACAAUGAGGCUGAGAAUGCGUAAGGCGUCUCAGCAGCCGAACCCCAGUCUGGCAAGCCGUCCAUCCCGUACCAAGCGGAGGCAUUCAGAAGUAGAAGAGGACACUCCUACAAGCGGAGGGAGGGGCUUGUUCUCAACCAUCAAAAAGUUCAUCAGAGGAAAUGCUGUCAAGGUGCAGCAGGAGAGCCCAGCCAAGAAGACACGCCUCCACUGUGAUGUGGACAACAACCUGAUCACCUCCACCACCCCGAAUACCAACACCCCCCGCAAGACUAUCAGCAGGGUUGGCAGGAGGGGCUCCCUCAAUGGACAGGCAACCAAUCAUGACAGGAGUAAGGAGAAGCCCAAUGGCAGUCUGGAGGAGACGACCGCUGUUGAGGUGGGCUCCAGCCCUCCCAGAACCACCCUUCUUGGGACCAUCUUCUCCCCUGUUUUCAACUUCUUUUCACCAGCUAAAAAUGCCUCUUCUGGCUCAGACUCUCCAGACCAGGCGUUGGAGGCUGAGGAGAUAGUCAAGCAGCUGGACAUGGAGCAACCUGUGGAGACGCCCACCAGCACAGCCACAUCCACACAAGAAGUGUGUGCCACUACUAACUUCUACUCUAGUGUAUCACAGCUGCCACCUCUGCGAUCUCCACACAUCCCCGAGGUAUCUCCCACAGCUGUGGAGGGAGAGCUUGAUGCUGAUGCGGACCUUCCACCCCUCACAGCUCCUGGCUCCAGUCCAGAGAUGGCAUAUGUGGACUCUCCCCCCACUGCGGUACCACCAGAGGCAUCCUAUGAGGAAGACUGGGAAGUCUUUGACCCGUAUUUCUUCAUCAAGCAUGUCCCUCCGCUGACAGAGGAGCAGCUCACCCGUAAGCCAGCCUUGCCACUGAAGACACGCAGCACGCCUGAAUUCUCUCUGGUCCUAGACCUGGAUGAAACGUUGGUUCAUUGCAGUUUAAAUGAGCUGGAGGAUGCAGCUCUUACGUUCCCUGUCCUCUUUCAAGAUGUCAUUUACCAGGUGUAUGUGCGCCUGAGGCCAUUUUUUAGAGAGUUUCUGGAACGCAUGUCUCAAAUCUAUGAGAUCAUCCUUUUUACAGCCUCUAAAAAGGUGUAUGCAGACAAACUGCUCAACAUCUUGGAUCCUAAAAAGCAGCUAGUGAGACACAGGUUGUUUCGGGAACAUUGUGUCUGUGUCCAGGGAAACUACAUCAAGGACCUCAACAUCUUGGGCAGAGAUCUGUCAAAGACCAUCAUCAUCGACAAUUCACCGCAAGCCUUUGCAUAUCAGUUGUCCAAUGGGAUUCCCAUAGAGAGCUGGUUCAUGGACAAGAAUGACAAUGAGCUGCUGAAGCUGGUGCCCUUCCUGGAGAAGUUGGUUGAGAUGAACGAGGAUGUGCGGCCGCACGUUCGGGAGAGGUUCCGGCUUCACGACCUGUUGCCCCCUGAUUGAACUCGACCACAGUCUCUCAGAAUGGGACAACGUGAAAAGACUGAAAACAACAUGCGUGUAAAAAGCCCCUCUUUGGAUUACAAACUACAACAUUGCCAUUACUGUUAAAAUUUUAGCCUUUUUUCUUUUUUGGGGGGGAUUUUAUUUUUUGUUUUUAGAUCUACUGUUGCUUUUUAAAAAAAAAAAAACUUCAAAAGAAAAGUGUUUUUAAAGAUCUGGGUGAAAUUUUCUAAAUAUCUAAAUGUAUAGAUGAAAUUACACACACAAUGAACAAGCCCAGGUAAACUCCACUUUUUGACUGACUCUCCAGCUGUGGAGCCGGAUAUCGUCUCCACUCUAAAUUCUGACGUCUUGGUGCUGGUUAGUGGAUAUGAAAAAGCCACCUGGUAAAGAGGAACUCCACCCCGACCGAGUCCCUGAACCCAAACCCACCCCUGGUGCUCACGCUGUUGACACUGACGAAUAACGACACUCUGUGGCUACAGAUCAUUUUCAGCGGGAAUGACUGGCCUGUAAAUCAAUCUGUGCAUGUGUGUAUGUUUACUCCUAGCCACACACACACACACACACUCACUGAUUUGGUGUUUGGCAAACCUACAAUCUGUAGCCUUUAAAAUUAUAUGCAUUCCUCCGUAGCUGAGUCAAGUUUCUAUUGUUGGUUGCAGUUUUUAUCUGGUCAAACUGGUGUUUCAUUGUUAAAAAAAAAAAACAGCGUUUCAAAAUGUUUUACUUUUUUUGUAAGAUAUAUUUUAAAAGGGGUCACGUAAGUUUUAUCGUAAGACUUUUUUCCUAUUAGGAGAGCGUGGGUGCUUAUUCAUGAUGACAGUCCACUGCAUAGUCAUGAAAUGGAAUUAAUCCAGGAUAUCAAGUAUAGUUUAUUCUUGCUCUAACAAAUAGAGGUUUAAGUUAAUGUGUUGGCUUCACUGUGGCCCAACAUGGCUCCUUAAUUAAACGUUAGGAUUAAGAAUCUUCUUCCCUGUAAAUCUGACAUAUUGCAAAGGUUUGAGGGCAUUCAUUUUCAAAGUGGUAUGUGUCAGCGUUGACAUUUCAUAAUAGUAUUUGAUUUGUCAUUUGUCUAUAAUCAGUAUUGUCUUUUACUCCUAAUCAAGUAUUCUGGCUUAAUCAGAGCUCUGUUUCUUUUAGUUGUAAUGUGUAAGUUGAUGGCUAUAUCAGUAGCAUUAUAACUAAUGUAGCACAUCUCUGCCAGUGUGUCAUGAAGUCUACCCAUGGUAGACAUCUAUGGCCAGACCCUGUACCAGCCAUAUCUGGCACCAGCAACAUACUGUUUGAACAGUCAGAUGCACUGACUGCUCCUCUACCUGUCUGUUUCAUACCUUUUACUUUGUACUUUUAAUCUUUUUUUUUCUUUUUAUGUUUAGCACAGUCUAAAGCAUUGUGUUUAAGAAUGGUAACUAUAUGAAUGUGUAUCUGCCAGACACUCAAGCCAAACUGACAUUUUACUCCUCUGUUGUUUCAAUUUGAUUUAUAAACAGUGAGACAAACAGUAGGCAGAAAUGUAGUGUUGUGUUGGCAUCCUUUACCAGCCUGAACCUGGGACACAAAGCUCAAAUCAGCCACACGAGGCUGUCCUCUGUCAUCGCCCAAACCCUCAAGAGUUAACUUCAAUCUCCUUCACAAUUUGGCAUGCAUUGUUGAACUCGUUGUAGUUCUUGUUCAAUUUUAAAUCAAAGUGCAUUUUUUUGUUAAAGCAAAUGUGAGUGUUUGGAUUUGUCUGGGUUGCCUGUAUAGUGCCAUACGAUUCCUGUCCUGUUCCCCCUCUCCUAUGGCAUUUCCUUUGCUCUCGCCCUCAAAAUGCUUCGAUGGAAAGAGACAAUCAGACCUCAAAGCUCUGCCGAUACUGAAACCUGGGGACAUCCACCCCUCCCGUUUUUUUUCAGUGUGCCGUAUGUGUUGUGUACUGUGAUUCCAUUGAGUUGAACCCCCCCCCCCAAGUAAAUUUGCCAGGUGAAUUGCGCUGUGCCCUUCCCAAACAAUCCCAGCUGCUCAUUUGAUGCAGGUGUUGUUCAGAGAUGGUUUCCAUCUGUUCAGUGCCCGUCUGUCUUUCGCCUUUUUCACCAGAAGUUAGUGGCUCUCCAGAAUUUAGGAGUAGUUUGUAUUCAAGUUAAAUUGUUACAGGGCACAACAGUGUUUACUCAGACGUAAUGUUGUGAGUACACAUGUCCAGACUAUGAAUGUAAAUUGUACAUGGGGUGAUGUCUUAAGUGUCUUUCUAAAUUCCUCGAGUUCUCUCCUCAUCAACUCCAACAAAUCCAUGAGGAGGGAUGGCAGCUCGUGUCUGCCAUUCACACGUUGAAGAGGAGGAAAGAACUAUGUGCAUGGAAGAGGAAACAUGUCUUGAGGUCCCACCAUGGUAGCCCCCUCCCUACCCCUCCUCCCCCAUGACCUCUCACCAUCCUGACUGCCAGGUUUUAGUAUGCAAGCCUCACCUUGAGAGUGUGAUGUAGCCCAGGUGUGCUCGUCUCCUCUGAGCUGUGUGAUUAUGUAUAAUUAUCAGUCAUGGCUUGUUUCUGAAGGAUGGGUGGGAGGCAUUUGAUACUUUUCAUCCAGCUCAUUUUUAUGUGCAUUACCAGUUUAUUGUACACUGUUGUACAAUACAUGCAGCUUCAUGUUUAAAAAAAUCCUUAAAGUAAGGAAAAUCUUUUGUAUUUUUGAUUUCAAAAGG